AUGAAAACCAAUAGAUACUACCAAAGCACCUUCAUGGAUCAUCCAGCGCUCAGAAAAACGUCCAAAGGCCCGCGUAUAUAUCGUUCCGCCGAUACUUCCAACAAAGGUGUUCCACACAUCGCAGGUACAAUGAAGAUCGUCGUCGGAGCAGAGUCAAAAGAUCAACGAACAUGGGAACUGCCUAAAGCACUUCUAUCACGGCAUUCAGAUAUGUUCAAAUCAAUCUUCACCGCAGACACAGUGUCAGAGGUUCAGCUCCCAACAAUCAGUCCCGACGCCUUCGCCAAUUUCUCUUCGUACAUGCACUCGAGCAUCUACAGCACUAAUACAAAGGUCGCUGGAUACCGCAGUAUACGAGCACACGCCAAUGCCUGUCUCCUCGCCGCCAAGCUCGAAGCAGAUAAGUACUGGGAAGCAGCUAUGCGGCAACUAUACAGCCUCUUAUUGCCACUCGCUCGGUCGAGGAGAUCCGACGCGAAACAAUCCUUUAUUCGAGCGGGUGAUAUCGAAUACAUAUGCGUCAAUGCCACUGCCGAGAAGCUAAAACGUUCAAUCAUCAUUGACUCAAGUCCCUUCGCAAACGAUAAUCCCUUCAACUCGGAGAUCAGGCCUACGGUCAAAGAUAGUCUCCCCGAUGCUCCGCCUCUUCCUCCAAGAAAAGGCUACCACAGUCACGACGUCGGCGCCAUGGAAGGGCUCCGCACACUCUUCUUUGACGCUCUAGCUUCACACUGGACACAGUAUGAUGUCAUCUACAUCGGCGCGCAGGACUCGCCACGCGGUGGUGGAUUCAACAAAAACGAUGUUCCAGGUGAUACUACUACAUGGCGACAAGUGUGUGAUACGUACCCGGAUUUUCACGCCCAUAUCGGGAAGACCACGGGGCAUGCUAAUGCUUGGAGGACCGCUCUAUUGAGGCAUAUUGAUGUCUAUCUUGAUCCUGCUGAUCCACAGCUUCUUGGACAGCAAGGACGUAGGAACGAUGGGGUCACGAUCAAAAUAGAGGAUGUUGAUGAGAUCAAGGAAGAAGAGGUUGACGAUGACGAUGAGCUGGAGAUGGAAAAAGCCACCCGACGCCCAAAGCUUACGCUCAAACUCACGGGUUUGAGGCGGAGCAACAGCAGGGAGAGGACUGAGAAUUCAGAGGAGGUGGCGUUGAGCGGUGUGAAGCGGGAGAGCGAAGACGAGAUACUUGAAGAUGGUGAAAUUAAUGAGAGUGAAGGGAGUACGCUUGUAGAUGGAGAGACUGAGGGCAGAGAGGAAGCACCUGAAGAUAGGAUGAAUCAAGACGAGGAAAUGGCAGAGGGUAUGGAUGAUGAGAUUGAGGAGGAGCCAACUUCUGCUGGGUAUUAG